AUGCCGAAAUUUGCUAAAUUUACGAAGGCAUUAUUAACUGGUACAAAGCAGAAACCGGAUAAAAAACAGGUAAACAUGACGGAGAAAUGUGAUACGACAUUGCUCCAAACAAUGCCAACAAAACUGAAGGAUCCAGGUAAGUUCUCCAUCUCUUCCACUAUUGGUGGGGUAGAGAUCCCUUACGCUCUAUAUGAUUUUGGGUCGAGUAUCAAUUUAAUGCCUCUGAAUAAGGCGAAGGGAUUAAAUUUGAAAGAGAUCAUGCCUAAUAAUGGAACACUCACUUUAGUUAACUUAUCUGUUACUCACCCUCAUGGUGUUCUACAAGAUGUGUUAAUAUAUGUCGAUGGUUUAGUUAUUCCUACAGAUUUUGUGGUGGUAGAUAUGAAGGGAGACAUAUGUGGCUCAAUUAUUCUUAGACGCCCAUUCUUGGCGAUCAUGAAAGUGUUAAUAGAUUUGAAAACAGACGAACUUAGCUUGAAUUUCAAUAGUAAAAAGUGUUGUUUAAUGCUUAUGAAUGGACACAGUGUGUAG